GCACAGAGAUUUGUAAGGUUGGCCCCGCUGCAUUCAAAGCUUGGACUUGUUGUUAAAUUCAUUGCGGGAUCUACGUAUGUCGGAUAGAGACACUGCAUCAUUGCUCAAAUUCACGGAGAAUGUGCUUCAAGAUUAUCGCAGUCUUAUUUCAGAAACAAAGAGGAGAUUUGUCCCUAUUAAAGAAGCAACUGAAUCACAAAUUCCUAAAUUAAGAGCUAUCAUAAACAGUGACACUGAACUCCGUGGAGCCCUACAGGGAUCGUGCAGUUCUCUAAUCUCUCCAUUUUUAAAUGGUUGCCUUUCGAAAAACCAGAAGAUAAUAGUAUUGUGUCUAACGGCACUUCAGCGUUUCAUCAAUCAGAGGUGUUUAUCAGAGGAUGCCUCUGAAGCUAUCGUUAGUACACUUUGGCAGCUUGCGGAGUCGAAUAUAGAGGAAUUACGCCUACUUCAGACGACCAUAUUGCUUCUCACAAGCUCAUCCUUGAUACGUGGACCUCAGCUUGCGAAAGCCUUCACCAUUUGUUUGAAGCUUCAUCUUUCGAAGUCACCUUCCACUGUAAACACAGCAGCAGCAGCUGUUCGCCAAUGUGCAAGUGCUAUUUUUGACCGUGUGUUCAAGGAAGAGUUGAUCAUACAACCUACGGAUUCGAGUAAACAAAAAGCAACACCCGGAGUCGAUGAUAUUCUUCCUGUUAACCCUCUGGACUUGAAGUCCUCUGAAAGGGAUGCCUAUAUGCUUUUUCAGGAUAUUUGCCUACUAAUAAGUGACGAUACAUGUAUUUGGUUGUGUGGCACAAUACAGAUAAAUAAAGUCCUGGGUCUGGAGCUAGUUGAAUCGCUUAUCUUUUCCUAUCCUAGUUUAUUUUGUCAGCAUCCUGCUUUUGCAUAUUUACUGAAAACGAAUUUAUGCCCACUGGUGAUAAAAUUAUUUUCUCCAAGUUUAAAAUUGCACUUAACUCCAUUGGCCACGUCUGGUGGUGGGGGGAUAACAGAUGUCGCCUCAGCUGCGUUCGCUGCUGCAACGGCUGCAUUAACUAGUGUCAGUGGAGUGGCAUCGUCGUUGUCAUCACUAUCAUCACCGUCUGGUGUUUCGAAUGACGUGAUGAAUAGUGAAAAACCGAAUUUCGCAUUGUUUGUUCGUUUGAAACGUUUGGUCAUUGUCAUCGUCAAUCAUUACUUCCAUCUUUUGAAUACAGAGUGUGAAAUCUAUCUCUCGUUGCUCAUACGAUUUUUGGAUGUGAAUAAGUUAUUGUGGCAACGUGCAUUGGCAUUAGAAGUUCUAUUUAAAAUUGUGGAACAACCUGAAUUAGUUAAGCAUAUUUGUAUUUCAUACGAUAUGAGACAGCAUGCAACAAAAAUAUUUCAUGAACUUUUAAAUGCUUUCGGACAGUACAUACAAACAUCUUUAGCCACUCCAUGUCCAGGUGAUGAACUAUCUAAAGAUAAUGCUAAUCAAACACCGAAUCAAACAGUUCAUGUUGGAGGUAUCAAUCAAUCCAUGUUAUAUUAUAAAGGGAGUUAUUUUCCAAUCAAUAUACAAUCAAAAGGAAUGCUUCUUGAGAUGCUUGAUCGCAAUGAACCACCAAUUUUACCUGAUGGUUAUUGUCUUUCAUUGGCUUUAGUAUGUCUACGUAAAACAGUGGACUCACUAAAGGUCAUCAUCAAUGCUAAUGUUCCUGAAAUUAUUAAUUAUGGUGAUGAUGACAUUAAUAAUAACAAUGACGAUAAUACUUCAAAAAAAUAUGACAUUGUGUUUUGCAAACAAAUUGUAUCUAAUUCAUGGUGCAGUAUAUUAUCCACGCUCAGUUUAUUACUUGAAUCAAGUGCUGAUCAUCACAUAACAUCAGGUCUUCUUCAGUCUUUGCAAAUUAUGAUUGAAUUAAGCGGAAAGUUACAUUUGGAUGAAUCUCGAGAUGCUUUCUCUAUAACUAUGUGUAGAGCUGCACUGCCGUCUUCAUUUGGACGUUCUUUAUUGGCAACACAUUCUAAAAAUUGUUCGGUAAUAUCUCAGUUAUCUCCUAAUUUCAAUGGUGCAAAUAAUCAUGAUGAUAUAUUUGAACGUAGUGGAAUCGCUUUAGUGAUUUCUCAAGGUCCUGGCCAUACUGUUCAUAUUAAUCCACCUACAAAUAUCUCAUCUAUUCUUCAAAACAUAUCAAGUCAGACUACACCUACUGGACAUGUUCAAAGUGGAUCCGGAUCCACUGGAAAUACAGAUUCUUCGUCAUCUGGAAAUAUACUACUUACUAUUAAACAUUUACAAGCAGCUUCUGCUGUUUUAACAACUGCUCAUGCACACGGUGAUGUUUUAGAUUCAUCAUGGAUUAUAUUUCUAACUACAAUGCAGCAUUUAGUUUGGAUGUUGAACUUGAAAAUUGAACCAUCGGCUAAAUUAUUUUUCAAACCUGUUCAAGAAUCAUGCACAACUCAUACAACAAAGGAAAAUGUUAAUUCAUCAAGUGAUACAAUAAAUGAAAAUGCUGAUACUGGAACUACCAGUACUAAUAUUACUACUGGUGUUGCUACUACUAUUACUACUAAUAAUAAUCAAGUUCCUACACAAAAUAUCUCUAUGACAACACUUUUCUCAGUGACAUCUGAAUUAACAUCAUUAUCAUCAAUGCUUACACAAAUUUUUAUUCAGUCCAGCGAUUUGAGUGUAGAUGCUCUACACAGUUUUAUCUCAGCACUUUGUCGUCUUUCAUCAGAUGCAUUAGAAGCAGUGAAAAACAAUCGAGAACCAAGUCAAUUUCCUAUUGCUAAACUAACAGAGAUUGGAUUAGUUAACGUGCAUCGAUUGGAUUUAUGGUGGAAAAUUAUAUCAAAUCAACUGUUAACUGUGUGUAAUUGCACUCAUGCCACUCUCCGUCAGCUAUCUUCAAGCUGUUUGACCAGUUUAAUCAUACAAGCAAUUGCUGCUCCACAGAAUCCUCCUUUUUGGCAAAAUGAAGCAUUAAAUAUUCAAGUACUUGAUCCAUUAACGGAUUUAUCUGAUCGCAUUAUAUAUGAUGAUGUACGAGAAGAACAAUUAAAAUGUGUUCAACAAUUAUUACACUGUUGGGGUGAACAAGUACGAUACAGUUGGCUUAGAUUAAUUAAAAUUAUUGGAGUCAUAAGAGAAAGUUACAAAAUAGACUUGAUCCAGACAUCAUUUAAAUGCUUCAAAUUGAUUGUUACAGAUUAUUUAUCCACUUUACCGUCGGAUUGCUAUUUAGCAUGUGUUGAAACUGCAGCUAGUUUUGGACACCAAAAACAAGAUUUAAAUAUUGCUUUAUCAGCUAUUGGGUCGUUACUUCAUUUAGCUGAUUUUUUUGUGGAACAAAAAAAUAUUCCACUUGUAGUAUCAGAUUCAAUUAAUUCUUCAAUUGAUUUAAAAGAAUUAUGGAUUUGUGUAUUUCAUAAAUUGGCUGAUUUGUGCUUAGAUCGUAGACCAGCAAUUCGAAAAUCUGCAUGUCAAACAUUAUUUAAUACAAUUGAAUGUCAUAGUGAACAAUUUGAUGAAGAUACAUGGUCUAAUUUGCUAUGGAAAAUAUUGUUCCCUUUGUUAUCGAAGGUGCAUAAUUUAUAUCAAAGUGCACCUGUUGAAAAAGUCGGCGAUAGACCAAAUAGUUUAUUAAUUCAUCAUAGUCGUGAUACUGCAUCAAAACAAUGGGCUGAAACAGUUGUAUUAACUUUAACUGGUGUAUCACAUUGUUUUAUAUCAAAACAAUCUCAUUUGUUAACACUUAGUGAUUUUAUAAAAUGUUGGCAGAUAUUACUUGAUUAUUUGAAAGUGACUGCUUAUAUGGAUAGUGGAGAAAUUUCAUUAGCUUCAUUAAAUUGUAUGCAAAUUUUACUUGAUAUACAACUCCCUUCUUAUCCUACACCAUCCUCAUCUUCAUCUACAACACCAUUGCUAACAUCAAAAUUGAUUUGGUCUGCGUAUUGGGAAACUUGGUUACAAAUUGGAAAACGAGCGAUAGCGUUUGCUCAGUCUAAUAAUAGUAAUAACACUUUUCCACUUACUACAAAUUUAUCUGUAAACUCUUCUGAUUCUCAAUAUAUUAGUGACAACAGUAAUAGAAUUGUAACGGUUAAUGAAAGUGGUGAAAAGAUUUGUUAUCCUCCAUUUAUAUACUUGCCAAGUAUAUCAUUUAUCACAUUAUACUUUGAUUUAUUCAUACCAAUAUUUAAUUAUAUUAAAGAAGAUUUUCAUCUGAAAGAUUUCGAUCGAUUAGCUGAAUUAUUACAAAUUGGUGUAUUAAUUCCAUUGUAUAUUAAUUAUUUAUUUCCAACCGUUUCAACUACAACUAUCAUGACUACACUAUUAUCAACAACACCUUCAAUGAUAAUUGAUGAUGGUGCAUUGAAUUCGUUACAAGAGGCUGUAUUACGUUGUUUAAAUUGUCUUGUACAGAAUUUUGGUUCUGAUCAAAAUAAGGACGAAAAUAGUAAUAAUAAGAAUAAUAGUAACAUAACUAACAGUCGUUCCUCUUCAAUACUUCCACGUUUAUUACAAUUGCUGCUCACUAUAGCUGGUUAUGCUGUUCGAAUUCCUAAACCACAUCAUUCGGACAAUCAUCGACUUGAUGUUGUUCCGCUCAAUUAUAUUGUAUUUGCUGAAAAAUCUUUGUUAAUCGCUGUGGAUUUAUAUCAAACAACUGUUACAUGGCCUGAAAUGUGCAGUGUUGAAAUACUUGACUCCAUAAUCAAAACAUUACAUCAACCAAUGGCAUUGAAAUAUGCUUGUCCAUCACAGACUACCUGGUUACUUGCAUGUCGUUGCUUUUUUCAAGUGAUUACUGCUGGUAUUAUUGUAUUGUCGAACAAACCAAUAAAUAUGUCCAAAACUUAUAAUUUCAAUAAAAAAGACGCUAUUCCCUGUAGCGGUGGUGUGAUAUCUUCAAAUCAUGAUUUAUGUAAACAUAUUGUGGACGCUAUCCAAGAUUUUCUUUUUUGUCAAAAUGAACCACCAUCAUCCUUAUCAACUGAAGAGUUCCAACUACACGAAGAAUUAGAUUGUAAAUUCGUAGAUUUAAUCAGCGAUUUAUUCCUGUCGAAUCCUGCGCAAUUGCCAGAGUUUUUCAUCAGUCGUCUAAUUAAUUUACUCAGCCUGGGUUCUGUACAGUCGGCUAUUCCAGUCAGUACAACAGUUAAUGAAGAUGUUAAUAAUAGUAAUAACAACAGUGAAGAUUUUAAUACGAAUGGAUUAUGUCGCCAUAAUUCCGUCGAUCACCAUUCUAGUGUAUCUCACAGUGGAAUAAAUUUUUCUAAAGGUCUAGGUCGAGCUGUUCGUCAAAUGAGUUUGGUUACCUCACUACCUCAAGAUGAACUUAUGAACGAAUCUUUGGGGUGGGACAUUGAUCUUGAUCGUUUGAGACGGUUAACGUUUCGUGAAAAUUUCGCUCGUUUAUGUUUUGGAAAAUUAUUGUCACAUGCCUUUUCAGCUCCUUCAGACGUACGAUUAUCGUCAACCAUAUCGACACCAGUUUUGUUAGAAAAUGGUCAUGUUGGAAAUAACAACGGCUAUAAAAUUAGUCCAUCAAGUACAAAUUUUUCACUGAUGGUUAGUAAAACAGCUGUACGCAGUAUCCUGCAAAGAUGUCGUUCUGUAUUGCUUAAGUUUUAUCAGUCGUCGCAAUUGAUUGGAAAAUGUCCACUACCUCGUGCUCGUUUGUCAGAAAUUAGCUACGUAUUCAAAGCGUUGACAGUUAUGUUAACAUCACUUCGGUCUGUUCCAAUACAACAUGACGUGGAUGAUUCAAUCUGGUCUAGUAUAAUUGAAUUAUAUCCUCAUAUUGUUGAUUGUAUUCUGGUGACCGGUGGAAGUAAUCAAAUAGCAUUAGCUUUACAUCAUCUUUUACGACUUUAUGGUGAAUUUCUUGCUCCAUCACAUUUACGUCCAGGAGUCAGCAACAAUACUACUAAUAAAGAUUGCAAUAGUAUUGUUAAUGACAAUAAUAUUAAUAGUAUGAAUAUUGAGAAUGAUAUCACCAAUAAUAAUAUCAGUCAAAAUAAAACAUCAUUGAAUGGAAUAUAGGCGAACUAUACGUGGUUGGUUUUUGUGAAGAAUAAUUUCUACAUUUGUGAUAUGUUUUAUAUGAAUUUCUAAAUUAUAUACUUUACUCAUUUAUUAUAUGAUGGCUGUGGGGAUCUUCGUGUAAUCUCUCUCUCUCUCUUUCUUCCUCUCUUCCUCCUCCUUAGUAUAAUCAUUGUCUACCUUUUUUUUAAAGGUUGUUCUACUUUCUAUUUACAGUUUAUCAUACGUAGUUUUAUCUUUGUCAUGUUUUUUUUUCACUUCGUUCAACUAAUUUAUGUCAAGCAUACAAAAUAUCUUUUGUCCGUUUCCACAGUCAUACCUUCCAUGUUUGUUUGUUUGUUUUGAGCAAAUCAAUUAAAUUCUUAGUCGAUUUGUUUUUCAACUUAUCUCGUAUAACUUUAUUGUUUUGUUUUUUUUCAUUUUAAUAAUAAGAGACAAAUGAAAAAUGCUGAUUACUUUGUUAAAUUACUUUUUAUUCUUUAUGUAAAACGAAUGAAUGAAAUAAAACUAUAAUAAGCUAUUAUAAAUUUGAUUUUUAUUAAAGAUUUAAUAAUGUGUAAGGAUUUUCAUGAUCAAUGUAGAAUUUUUAUACUCACUCUAUUUCGGUUUUUAUCUAUUUCAUUUGAAAUUACAACAUUUUUAUUGUUUU